AUGGAAUCUGUCCAGUACACUCAGUGGGAGACCACUGAGGAAUUUGAGAUGGCUGACACCAAGCGCCAAUGGCGACCCUGGGAAGCUGGGUGGUGGGCGAAGCAGCUUCCUGGAGGCCGUCCUGCCUUUCCCCUCUACCUGCUAUUUUCUGUGACCUCUUUUCUGUGGAUAAUUCUUCUUAGUAUGCUGUUGGCCAAGGUCAUGGAUUUAUCAAGGGAAAUGGAACAUCUAGAUGAGCAACUGGAGGAAAUGCAACUCAAUGGGUCGAUGAAUUCAGGGAGGCUGGAAGUUCUUCAGGUAGCCUUGAGCAACUUGGAUGAAAAGCAUCAGAUUCUAAACACAAAGGCUGAAACAGUGGCUGAGAAGCUGAAGAACCUGCAAGAGAGUCAAGCCAGCCUGAGUACCAGUUUGUCCCAAGAACUAGCUGAGGCAAAAGAAGACAGAGAAAACAUUCGGAGUGAGAUGUUUCGUGGAUUGGAGGCUGUGAAGAAUGGAAAUGGAUCCUCCUGCCAACCCUGCCCUAGUCCCUGGAGGGACUUCCAGGGUUCCUGUUACUUCUUCUCUAAGAACAAGCUCACGUGGUCCCAGGCCAGGGAUGAUUGUGUCCAGAAGCAAGCUCACCUGGUCAUCAUCAAUAACCAAGAUGAACAGAACUUUCUGACCCCUACUGAGAAGCUGGGAUAUUGGAUUGGUCUCAGAAAGGUCAAAGAAGGGGUACAUAAGUGGAUUGAUGGCACAACACUUGGCUACACCAACUGGAACCCUGGGGAACCCAAUGACAGCCAGGGGAUGGAAAACUGUGUCAUGAUGUUGCAUCAUGGCAAAUGGAAUGACUUUACAUGUGAGCCAUCCUCUGACAACUGGAUCUGUGAGAAGAGGCAGAUCUGUUGAGCUUCAGCAGUGGAAGAGGCUGGGAGGUGGCUCACUGGCUGAGCUCCCUCCAUCCACAACCCAGUCUUCAUGGAACAUCUGGUGGCCAGAUGUGGGCCCUGAAUAGGCCCUUGUACCCUCUGGACCAUGGAUUCCCUAGGUUAUGGGCUUAGUAGGUUUACAAGGGAGACCAAUAAAUAUUUUUG